CUCUGAUCACACACACACAAACACGAACACACACACACACACACAGUACUGGAGGAACUCUGAUCACACACACACUCAAUAUGUGCCAUUAUAACUGACACUGUGGCGCUGGAUAAAAGCCGUCGGAUAUUCCCAAGCGUUUCUUCUUCAGAAGGGAAUAAAACUGUCCACGCAGGGGUAUUUGCACGCCAGACCUCAUAUGGACUAAAACACAGAAACACGUGGACAAAAAACCUGGACAUCAAGAGACCGAGACUUCUCUGAGAAAUGUCCAUCACUACUGGGCGAGGUCAUGGGGGUCUGAAUCAGCUCGGAGGAAUGUUUGUGAACGGCCGGCCGCUCCCCGAGGUGAUCCGGCAGAGGAUCGUGGAUAUGGCACAUCAGGGCGUCAGACCCUGCGACAUCUCCAGACAACUGAGGGUCAGUCACGGGUGCGUCAGCAAGAUCCUGGGCAGGUACUAUGAGACGGGCAGCAUUAAACCAGGGGUCAUUGGAGGCUCGAAGCCGAAGGUCGCGACCCCUAAAGUGGUGGAGAAGAUCGCGGAGUACAAGCGGCAGAACCCAACCAUGUUCGCGUGGGAGAUCCGGGACCGGCUGCUGGCCGAGGGAGUGUGUGACGGGGACACCGUGCCCAGCGUCAGCUCCAUCAACAGGAUCAUUCGCACAAAAGUUCAGCAGCCUUUCAAUCUGCCUCUGGACAGUAAAGGCCUGAGUCCUGGACACACACUGAUUCCCAGUUCAGCCGUGACGCCUCCCGAAUCUCCCCAGUCGGACUCACUGGGAUCCACCUACUCCAUCAGCGGCUUACUGGGAAUCCCUCAGACCGGCGCCGAGGGCAAGAGGAGCCGCGACGACAGUGAUCAGGAGAGCUGUCGGCACAGUGUGGACUCGCAGGGAAGCGGGACCGGGUCCCGGAAACAUCUUCGGACCGAACACUUCCCGACCCAGCAGGACUGUGGCUUCCAGCGGAACCAGUACAGCUCCGACUCCUUCAGCCACAGCACUGGGAAAGCGGAGCAGUCUCUCUAUCCUCUCUCGCUCAUCAAUGGCAGCUUGGACGAGGGGAAGAGUGGCUCAGUUAUCAGUCGAAACCUGGCAGCACAUCAGGGAUACGCAGUGGUUUCAGAAGCCCUACAGCCCCGCCCACUCUGCCUGAAACAGGAAGUGUCCCCCGAGGUGAACAGCUCAAGCUCCUCCCCCAACAUCAUCGCUAACUCCGCGUUCCUGGAGCUCACGGCCAUCUCGGCUCCGGCGUCAGUGUCCAUCGCUAACAGUUGCAGCAACGCCACUCAUUUAUCUCAUGGCUUCAGCUCAUUUUCCCAUCAUGCCCCAGUGCAGGGGCAGUUCAGCAGCCCACACCUCAUCACAGGGAGAGAAGUGUCGAGCUCCAUGCUCCCUGGUUAUCCUCCGCACAUCCCAUCGGCUCAGACCGGCUUCUCCUCGUCCUCCAUCACCGGGAUGGUUGCAGGACCGGAGUACUCGGGCCAGACCUACACACACCCGUCCUACACGUCCUACAGCGACGCCUGGAGAUUCACCAACUCCACCAUCUUAGGAUCCCCGUAUUACUACAGCUCCUCCUCGCGGGCUCCGCCCUCCGCCUACGACCAUCUCUAGGAGAAGCUUUCUCUUCUUACACUGGAUUAUGAAGAAAACCUCGAGCUUCUCUUCUUACACUGGAGAAUACAGUGGAGGAUGAAGAAAACAGAUUGAUGAUGAUGGACGAUACCUUUUAUUGCCUGUAAAACUAUUUAUGUCCUUUGUACACGGCCUGAUUAAAGGCCAUUUACAGCCACACGUUUACAUCUUAUUCCACCAGUGAACAAUUGUUGCCUGUAUUUUUAUUUCUCUGUAGCCAAAGACAUUUCACAAUGUUUCCAUAUAUUCAUGGCCAGAAACACGAGUGCACAUGAAACUGAUUAUAUCAAACCCAAUCCACGCAAAUUCAAAUAGUAGCCUAUUAAUAACUCUAAAGAAGGUGAGAAACAUCGCGACCGUUUCACUGCUUGCGAACAUUAGACGGGCGAAUCUUUUUGAGCUCGUGACAUUUGAUGGCGUUUGGAUUGGAUUGAGGGAACUGGUGUCUGUCGGGCCAGCGCUGUCUCGCGACCCAUUCACGACCUCACUCGUACGAACUGUCUGAACCGCAGUGGUGGGUGGGUUUAGGGGCGGGGUCAGGGGCCAUCCGGACGAAUUAACCACCUCGUAAAAUCCGAGAUCGAAUUGCCGAGAGAUUGGGUUGGAUGGGCUGUAUCAUAUUCAAGCAUUAAAUAUCUUUUAAACAAAAUAUAAAUAACAGCUUACCUUUAACAAAAAGAUUAUUUCGCCAUCUUUCAACAGAAGCAGCAUUUUCAGAAACAAUUAAAGAUGUUUAACGGUUUAGGGCAAUAUGUAAAUAAUGAAGAGAAAGCCAACCCUUAUUAAAAUUAAAUUCAUUUUCUAUACUCUAGACAUGAUUAUUAGGGCUGAACUGUGUGGGGAUUCAUUAGUUUCAGUAAAACGUUUAUCGCCUCUAUUUUUCCAUCUUAUCAUGCUUAUAUUUCUGUGAUUAAACGAGUUUUGAGUUUCAGAGAUUACUGUUAUUGUACUGUUAAUUAUAUUAUUCAAAUGUAAAUUAAUAAUUUCUACAGAAUUAUUUUGAAUUAAAUAAAGCAUGUCAAAGUCCA